CUCAGCUCAAGCAUUUCCACUCUCCUCUUCCACACAGCAUCCGUCUGACACCAUGUGGACUCAGGCCAGCACUCUCCUCCUACUACUUACCUGUUGUCUUUGGUCAUCAGAGGCUCAGAACAACAGCAGCAGGAGACAAAGCAUUUGGGAUGUUCCCAUUAAAUUCAAAACCAAAGGAAAUGACACAUGCAGCAUGAUCAUCACCGGUCAAGGGGAAUACACCAAGCUGAGACUGCCGUGUCAGGGUAGCAGGCGCUCCUACUGGUGUGAAUACCUGGGCACACCUUACACCUGCAGCGCUUAUAAUAAAAACCCUCGUCACUACUUUGUCCAGAUGAUGUGGGGCCUCAGAAAGCUUAACAAUGCCUGCCAGGCACCAAGGCAUAUCAAACCUCACAUGUGCAGGAAGGCAACUGAUGAUUCUCAAAUGGUCUUCUCAUCUGGUUCCUUUUCCCGGUCAUGGCCAGAGGCUUCUAGGGCAGAAGCAAGACCAGCAGCACAGCCUGCAAGACCUCGACCCCCUGCACCCACAAGGUCUGAUUUGGCAAGGCAACCUUCAACAAAAGCAGUUCAAACUCUACCAAGGGUAAAGACUACGCAGAGAAGCAGUCCAGAACCAACGACACCUUCUUUGGAGAGCAGUGCUAAGAGGAUGGCUCGGCAGUACUGCUGGAGGUCCCUUCAAGGCAUCUGCUCCUAUUUCAUCGGUUUGUUUCGGAAUUAGUGAAGAAGGUGAGCAGCAGUACUGGACCUCUCCAUUACACACAGUUUUUACUACAUUGUUUUAUUUCUAAUCUAAGAGCACAGUGGCAGAAUUAGGGCUUCUGUGUAUUUAAAUAAAGUUUGCCUCCAGCAUUCAUUUGGAAAAUUCAAACUUUUUUCCUUGUGUUUUUUUUUCUGUCUUUUUUUUUACCUCAAAUUAUUACUGAUGUGCAUAAUUUAUAAAUGUGUAUCCAUUCCCCCUCCUCUGUUCGUUCACAGAUUUAAAAUUCUGAUGAAGAUAACUUCUGAUGUCUGAGUAAAGUGAGCCCUGGAGCAAAAUUCCAGACCAGAAGUUUGUUCAUCCUUUGGUAGAAGAACUGUAGUGCUCUCUUCAGGGGAAGAGAUAAUACUGCUGUGACAAAGAAGAAUUUCUCACAUGCACGGUCUUCCAAGUGUCACAACUGGAAAAACUCCACUAUACCUGUUUUACCUGUGUAUUAACAAAUGUUUUGCAAAGUGGUUGUAUGAAAUGGUACAAGUAGUACUUUAACUUGUGAGAAGGUAUAUGGGCCCUGAGAGAAGGGCACUAACAUAACACUAACAACACUUAUUUGAAUUUGUGUUUGUUUUCUUGUAUAUAAUCCACUUGCAUCAUAUAAUAUUACCUUGUUGGGAGAGACCAAAGUAUUAUUUAUUUUGGUCUGAAAAAUAGUGAA